AUGGCACCAUCAAUUUCGAUACCUACACAAGGCGGCAUGUUUCACACAUUCCAAGGAGUAACACCACGAAAGCCGGCCGUUGACUCUCGAGAUAGUGUUAAGUCCAAUGGUAGUGGGGCAGCCAAGAGGAUCACUACUCCUCAUGCUUGUGCUGAGUGUAAAAGACGCAAGAUUCGAUGUGAUGGUCAACAACCAUGUGGCCAAUGUCUCUCAAGCCGAGCACCGAAACGUUGUUUCUAUGACAAGCACCGCCAAAGGGUGAUCCCAUCACGCAAGACACUCGAAGCCCUCUCCCAGUCCCUCGAAGAAUGCCGAUCGAUUUUGAAGCGACUGUAUCCUCACCAAGAAGUCCACGCCUUACUUCCCUUGUCCAGGCAAGAACUCCUCAACCUCCUAGAUCGACCCGUCCCGGACAGCACAGCGAACGGACUACCGUCACCUCCUUUAAACACAACACCGAUGGCCGACUCAGAGACACCAACCAAGUCUGAAAACAUAUUGGAACAGAUUCCGACUCGGGAUACAGAAUGGGACGAGGAACGCCGGGAGAGGGACCACAUCCCUGUAGAGGCGGACGAUAUCAACGCGCUGUCACUCUCGGUGGACAGACAAGCUUCUUUUCUUGGAGCCUCGUCCAUCAAGGCUGCCCUCAUGGUUAUGCUCAAGGUUCAACCAGGCUUGAGGAGCUCCUUGGCCGCCCCGCUCAACAGUAUCGAGAUUUCUCAUAACUUCCCGGCCAUCAGACAGAAAUCAUCGACUCAGAAAGAUCCCCAGCGGAUCCCAUGGUCAUGGAAGGGACAGACACUUAUCGAUGCCUACUUCAAGCGAGUCCACGUCUUCAUCCCAAUGCUCGACGAAACAACUUUCCGUGCCGAUUACCUUGAAGGUCAACGAUUUGACGCACCGUGGUUAGCCUUGUUGAACAUGGUAUUCGCCAUGGGUAGCAUUGUGGCAAUGAAGUCGGACGAUUACAACCACGUCAACUAUUACAACCGCGCCAUGGAGCAUCUUCCCAUGGAUUCCUUUGGCAGCAGCCAUAUCGAGACUGUCCAAGCAUUGGCACUCAUCGGCGGUUACUAUCUUCACUAUAUUAACCGACCCAACAUGGCCAACGCUGUUUUGGGUGCCGCCAUCCGCAUGGCGAGCGCUCUCGGUCUUCACCGUGAGAGUCUUGCCCAAGGAGGAAGUGAUAUGGUCGCUGCCGAGACCAGGAGACGCACAUGGUGGGCUCUUUUCUGCCUCGACACGUGGGCCACGACAACCAUGGGACGUCCCUCUUUUGGCCGUUGGGGACCCGCCAUCAACAUUCGGCCUCCCGAGUUCGGUGUGAAUGCCGGCCGGGACUCGUCUCAACACGCGGGUAUUCUCCCCAUGAUUGAAAACGUCAAGUUCUGCAAAAUCGCCACUCAGAUCCAAGACAUGCUCGCCAUUUCUCCUUUGCUGCGUACCGAGGACCGCUGCAAUCUGGACGGGCAGCUCGUUGUCUGGUACGAAAACCUACCUUGGCUCCUGCGCACGACCGACCCAUGCGCUGAGCCGCUCUACAUGGCCCGCUGCAUCAUGAAAUGGCGGUAUCAGAACCUUCGUAUGCUUCUUCAUCGCCCAGUCCUCCUCUCCAUGGCCUCAUCAGGUCUUAACCCACAUACUCAGGCCUGUGACUCGGAUCUCGCCGCCAUUGAGACGUGCCGAGAGCUUGCUGCGGCGACCAUUGAGGACAUUGGUCGUGAAUGGACACGUAACCAGAUGUCCGGCUGGAACGCAGUGUGGUUUCUCUACCAGGCUGCCAUGGUUCCUCUUGUCUCUGUCUUUUGGCAAUGGGGCAACCCUCGUGUCCCUGAGUGGCUCAAGCAGAUUGAGGCGGUAUUGGAGCUCCUUGAGGCCAUGGAAGAGUGGUCACUCGCUGCUCGCAGGAGCCGGGAGGUGGUUCUUCGCAUGUACGAGGCCAGCAGAGUCAUCCAGGCACAGGGUGCCGCAGCGCACCAACUACAGCAGAGGGGAUCGCAGAGCCCUCAUUCUCUCAACAGCACUACUGCGUCCUUGGGCAGCAUGCACAUCAACAAUGACUUGCUCAUGGGGUCACCGGGUUCGGCGGAGCUCUACAUGACUCCCAUCGACCUGGAGCCCGUCGAAGGCUUGGGCAUGACGGGUGUGCUGGACCACGGCGGGAUGUGGGAUCUCGACGGCAUGCUCUGGGGUCCCAGUCCAAGCCCGUCGGUUCACCAUGGUCACCACUCGACUCACCCGGAUGAUGCGGUACCCACGGUGGCGGAGUACGCUGCAGCGUUCCCGACGGCUGAUGUAGUAGAUGGGUUUCUGCAACAUCACUCGGCUAUGGAGUUUGGGAACAUGAUGGGUCACCACCACCAUGCAGGUGCACAUGCUGGCCAGGGUCAGUUUGGAGUUGGGCUGGUAGCCCGGGGUUAUGCACAGUUGGCGCGACGCAGGCUUGAAGGACCGAAAUACCACCACAUACGAUGGCUGGAUGCGGCCACCGGCCUUACCUAG